GGCUGACGUCGACAAUUCAAGAUGGCGGAGAAAUCGAGCAGUUCCGAGAACACCAAUUCACCUGAUUCCUCUCCAAAUGGUGGUAGAAUAACGGUUAAUCAAGUCAAUUUCGUCGGUGUAGAAUAUCCAGGAUAUAUCAAGGAUGAAAAUCACAUGCUUGAAACACUGGGAGGCGAGGAGACAGUUUCAAGGACAUUCUUCAACUCAACAAGAAGAUUAGAACUUUCCUUUCGACCCGAAGAUCCUUACGCACAUGUUGUGUGUGCUGAUCGCUUUCCCACCGCAAACUUGCUGCUUAGAGUCAAGCGGAGGAAGAAGAAGCAGAGAGAGGGAACAAGCCAGCCGGAAGAAGUGAAAUAUGAACAGGAAAUAUUAGGCAUAGUGGGAAACACGUUCAAAUUUGGAGUUAUGGCAGAUUUUCAAUACCUUGCUCCUGAUAUACCAGACUUUCUAAAGCAAGUGACUGAUGCAGAUGCCUUAAAUCAAGAUGUUCCCUUUCACCUGCAGCCACCUGUGUUUACACGGUUUGAUCAUCCAACGGUUUAUAACUACAACCCUGAACCACAAACAUCACGAGGAUGUAAAGCAAACCAGGGAGAUGAUCUUGAUGAAGAAAGAUUAGCUGGAACACGAACAAGAUUGAGGCGCCCUGCGUAUGCAAUUGCUGCCAAUUUUAAUAUGCCUGAAGUCCCAGCUACUGCAAAUCCCAAAGCAGUUGAAGUAGCAAAUAAAAUAAAAGAUGGACUCAUGGAGACAAUAAAGAAACUCUUUUCUAACAGACCUAUAUGGUCACGUGCAGCAUUACAAUGUCAUUUAACUAGUGCAUCACAGGAAAGAAUGAAACAGCUGCUGGCUGUCAUUGCAUAUUAUUGGCUUAAUGGUCCCUGGAGAACUCUGUGGACAAGAAUUGGUUAUGAUCCUCGGAAAGAUCCCAGUGCAAAAAUUUAUCAGAUGGUAGACUUUCGUGUUGGCAGUAGGAGAGGCGCAAAAAAUCUUCCAAUAAAAGCAAAGCGAGAUACAAGCUCGUUUAUUCUACCAAACCUGGUCGGGAAAACUGCUUCUCAAGGGUCGCUGGUUAAAGAAGCUGUAAUGGUCAGCAGUGAGAAUAAACCAGAUGAUAAACAGAGUGAAGAACAAGACUUGCCUUAUGUCUUUACUCCAAAUAAAAUGCCAAAGCAAAAACAGUUGUUUUACCAAGUUUGCGAUCUUCAUGAUCCGGAAAUUCAGAGACUUGUCAGUAGAAAUGAUGGUCAGGAAGAAGAGUGUCACGAGCGAGAUGGUUGGUGUUUACCAGGAACAAAUGAUCAGCUCCGAGCGAUACUUUAUCAACGAACCAAUGACCUAGCAGAAAGACUGAAGCAAGAACAGUCAGAGGAAGGGAGGGAGUCACCGGUAUCACAAUUACAACUCACUGGGGAGGAGUGGGGCGGCCAUGAAAGCGUUCAAACGUACUUGCAAAUGUUAGAACAGGACGAUGAUAUUGAAGCGUAUGACGUUUAUGAGGUCUUUACGGAAGGAGAUGAUUAAGGUUUUGUAACGUGAUUUACUUGUGGAAGAUCGGUUAAAUUAAGAUUCUUUUUCAUGCGCUGAACUAUAAAUGGUCUCUCUUUCCCUCCGUGUGGAGUGAUGUAUAUGGUUCUUUAUUAAAAAAGAACACAACACCGCAACAACACAUGUAGCUUGUCGCUAGGAUUUCCGCGAUUUGUUCAGCUAACUUUUCAGUUUUUCUCAAAGUCCAUAUCACACUAUACCACUUAAUUGUUGAAUUUGGAUCCAAACUACAGAGCAAUGAAAAAAGGGAAAGUAGCAUGCCGUAGGUCUAUGUUCACGGAGUUUUCUAUUCUUGGCGAAAUUCAUUCCAGCAAUAAAUAAUACGGAACGAUUCGCUCGACGCCUGUCGUUUUAUGUUUUGUUUAAAUUUAAUUAUUGAGCGUUUCAAAACAACGACGCAACGUUUAAGAUCAGAAAACUUGUUUUGGAGAUAACUGUAUCCAUCACUGAUCGGUUCAUAACUGGAAUACAUUAUUCGUAUUCCACACUUGUACUUCAUGCGGACCUAUUUCUUUGGAGCAAACAACGUUUUCACGUAAAUAAAGAUCGCUCUCUUUUUGAUUUUUUUAUUGUUGUUUUUAAUGAUGUAAAUUAUUUGCAUUUUUUAUUUUAGCGAGGCUUGGUCCUUUUUCUUGUUUAUAACAAUAAUUACCUUUUCGUUCGAUGUUUACGAUUUUGAGGUAAUUUUAACACGGCUCCUUGUGUUUAAAUAGUGCACAGCGUUUCUCUGUGGUCUGAACAAAGGUAUAAAACACCAGUCUGUUUUGUCCAAAUAAAGUUGUUGCCAAAAAAACAAAACAACUAAGGAAAAAAAAAACAAUACAAAAAAAAAACAAAAACAAAAACACCAAUGAAUAAUUACAUAGAUAGUGUUUUUUCCUCAAAAAAUAACUUUCAAACCCAUCCGGCAAUUUCGCUGUUUAGCAUUUAAAUGAGUACGUCAACGGUAAAUUCAAACGCAUACACGAAGGUAGUCGUACGAGACUGCAAUUAAGAACAUACGUUGCGAGUGAUUUGAAAAUUCUCUUAAAAUUUCACGAGCCUUUAGGCGUUUGCAAU